AUGGAGGAUCCCACACCACCUACACCACCAACACCACCCAGAUCUAAGAAUAAUCGUCGCCCAGCCAUCAAAGAUCCGAGCAGAAAAGACUUGAUACGCAUCAGAAAUCGUCUCAACAACAGGGUUUACAAAUUUGCCUGCUUGACUUGCAUUGCUGGUCACAGAGCACCACAAUGUGAUCCUGUCAAGCAUCAUGACAAGGUCCUGUACAGACGUCCUGACCCAGGAAGGCCAGCGAAGAAUUGUGGACAUCCCGCAUCUCAAGGGUGCAACUGCAAGGCUCUACGCAAGCUCUGUUGUCUUCUCGACGAGCAGCAAUGGGCGGAGUUGAGGGCAGGAGGCAUCCCAACAGCCACCAUGUACGACGACGAAGAUGAACUCAACAAGGCUGUGAACGAGCAACGGAUAGCUCAAGAACAAGCACAAGCGCACGAGCAAGCCCUCCAAGCCGCCAAUCUCUACGCGUACCAUCAACAUCCUCUGCCAUACCAACCGGUACCUCCACUCCUUGAUAUGCCGUUUGUACAUCCCGGACAGAUGGUACAGCAUGAUCAACAUAUGGCAUACCAUCCGGUCCCGCCACCUCAAUUUGACUUCUAUGGCAACGCAUUCGCCCCGGCAGCGUUCCAACCCACUGAGUACACUCCUCAGUUCCAGCCAGCUGCCAUCCAGCCACAGUAUCAGGACUUGACGAUACAGGCAGAUACGACGGCGCUACAGCAAUUCGCUGCACAUAUGGCCCAGGAAGAGCAAAUAGCCGCACAGCCAUCUGCAAAUCCUACAAAGUCUUGUUGUAGCUCACGAUCACAAGCUGCGCAACCUUUGAUGCAACCAGCAUCAUCUUUGUUCAACAUUCCUAGCUCAUUUCCCAAAGCACAAUUUGGGUGUCAGAACUGUGCUUCUUUCGAUUGCACAUGCCUCACAUGCCCUGAACUCAGUCAAUCGUCGAGCGGUGCUUGGUCGCAUAUGUGUGGUCGCGGCUGCGAGUUCGACAGGCCGGUUCUGCCUCCGGUUCUGCUCAAGCAAGAAUAUUCUUCUUCGUCACAGGAAACCCAAGAUGUGUUCCAGGGUAUUCCGGAAUACCAAAGCCCUCUACAAGACUACUCCCAAGGUCUUCCAGAACAUCAAACCCCUCUACAAAACUAUUCCCAACAGCCUCAAGACGUCUUCCAUCAGAUUGAGCACUUCACCCAACAGUCUCAAGAUGCCUUCCAUCAGUCUCAAGACUUUACUCUACAGCCUCAAGGUUCUUUCUAUCAAGCUCAAAACUUCACCCAACAGCCUCAAGGAUUCUCUCAGCAGCCUCAGGAUGCUUUCCAAGGCCUUUCGGAACUCCAAGCCCCACUAGAGGACUACUCUCAACUGCCCUCACUGAACGUACCAAACCUUCCUGAGUUUCAGUUGGGUCAAACUCGACCCACAUUCGACGGAGCACUUGGAUAUGACGAUUCCUCCGACAUACCAGCACGUUGGUAA